CAGGAAGAGAAGUUAAGAGAAACCUAAUGGACAAUCUUCACAACAGAUGAUAACAAAAAAUAAUCCAGAUGGGGUGCAGGUGCUGUAAAAUGAUACAAAGCUAUCUCUUCGAUCCCGUUCAAGUGCCCUCCCCCGGCUAUGUCAACGAGGUGAGCAGCUGCAAGUUGGAGGAAGAGGACACUGUUAAAUUAAAAGGCAAACAGAGCAGCGAAGUCCUGGUGCAUAAAAAUGACCUUCAGCGGGAGGGCUUGAGGAGGACGGGGAGCAGAAGCCGGAGGGCUGGGCCGCAGGAGCCCGGCUGGCCUCCCCAGGGGCCGCACCCUCCAGGGGACACGGGAGGGGAGCCCUGUGUGGAGAAGACUGGUGGUGCCGUCAAUGGCAUUGGGCCCGUGGCGGCCCUGCCGCCCCCUGGGGAUCCUGGGCCCCCCCAGGGUGGCACAGCUUCCUGGGCCAGUACCGCCAACAGCGUGCCCCCAGCUCACCCCUUCCUCGAAAGAGGGGGCCCCAGGGAAAUGGACUGUGCGCUGCCGGCCUCGGGAGAGACGGGAGUCGUGGGGAAUGGAGACUCCAGAGUUUCUUCCAAGGCCGAGGGUCCUACGGUGGACGUGCCGGACCAUGUCCCCCAGAUACCAGCCCCGGACUACCCUCCACACUGGGGCUCGGCUGGAGAAGACGUGGAUCACGAAGAAAAAGAGGAGGUUUUCCAGGGCCGUCCCGAGGAGGAGAGCCCGGAGGAAGCGCGCCCAGGCGCGGGGGAGCAGGGCUUGAACCUGCCCUUCUCCUUCCCGGGGAAGCGACGCUGGGAUUCCUUAAACGGGGCAGUGGCCGCGGAGGUCCCGAGCGUCCACUUUAAAGAAGAGGACCCCGCCCCGGCCGCGCCUGUGGCCGAUGGGAGAAACGGGUGGGAGGACACCCCCCGCACCCCAGGAGACGCGAGCGGGGAGGCGGAGGAGGAAGACGCGGAGGUGGCGGAGGCCCUGGCGGCUUUGGAAGCGGCCACGGCCGGGGAAGACGUGGACGACGUGGAUUAGGGGAGGGGAUUGGCGCGUGCAAUGGAGCUGGUGUCACAGGGGCGUUGGGUGUGAUUGCUCCGCAGAGCUGAGCUGAGUCUGCAGCGCGCGGUGCAGCCCUGCCUGUUUACAGCCAGCCUCGUGCUGAUGACGGCGUGCCCGUGCCCGCUCCUUAAAUAUUGAGAGCGCCCCUGUGGGUGGCCCAUCACUCAGGACACUGGAACGAAAAGCAGAGUGGGCCAUGGUGCCGCUGGCUGGAAAUGAGCCUCUUCGGCAACCCCCAGAGUCCCCACAACAUCUGGUGCAGCUGUGCUGGAGAAUUCUCUGAAAUCCCAGCGCUUCGCCCCAGAGCGCAGACUCCCGGAACAGUCUGUUUGACUGUCGUUGUUUUUGUUAAUCCUCACCCGGAGAUAUCUUUUCCAUUGAUUUUUAAAAAGAGUGAACGUGGGGGAAAGAGAGAGUGGGAGAGAGACAUCGAUGUGAGACACAUCCAUUAGUUGCCUCCCGCAGGCCCCUCCCUGCCAGGAUCCAACCUGCAACCCAGGUACAUGCCCUUGAGAGGGAAUAGAACCUGUGAACCUUCAAUGCGCAGCCAGCCAUAGAGCCAUGCCGGCCAGGGCUUGACUGUCAAUUCUUUAUCUUGCCUUUGAGAGCCAAACGUUGGCCCCAAGCUAGAAGAGGUAACUACCCCACUUAAAGUGCCUACUGUGUGGCCAGAGCGUGGCCUGCAUUCAGGGACAAUCACCCAGGGAACUAGUAACUAACCACUUGUUUGACAGGAGGUUAAGCUCAGUGGCACUGAGGGAGGAGCUAAACAAUGGUUAGUCAUUGGCCGUAAUAUUAAGGCACCUUGACCUUAACUUUUUUAUAUUACUUUUUAAUCUCCUUUGGGAUUGGGGAAGCUGGUCAAAAUAAUUGUUGAAACUCCUUAUGUCAUAUUUGUGUUCGAAGUUUAUGAGAUUUGGAACAGUGAAGAGAUAUAUAGAGUAUUUUAUGCCAUUUAAUGCCUGAUUCUGAUUAAAAUAUAACAACCUA